GAGAGAAAAAGAAUGGAAAGGAGAAGAAAAAUAAUAUCAAAUCUCCAUGUAUAGAAAAUAAAACAAAAGCCAUCCGAUCCAGUAAAUAUAUGGAGUAGUAUAAAGUCAGAAGUUGAAUCCCCUAAUCUCGGAGCCGUCUCUCUGUUUCUCCGUCCUUCCUUGGGUCGAGCUAGCGAGAGAGAUUUCACACAACAUCCAAUCCAAUCACCUCCUCGUCGUCGUCGUCGUCGUUGUUGUUGUUGUUACUCUCUACAUACAUAUACAUAUCUCUGUGUGUUUGUGUGAUUAUAUUCUUGCGCGCACACACACACCCCUCUACAUACGUAUACUACAUCUAUCAAGUAGGGUUAGGGUUAGGGUGAGGGACGAUGGAUUUGGAUCUGUGGAUUUCAAAGGUCAAAGAGGGCCAGCACUUGUCCGAAGACGAGCUUCAACUCCUGUGCGAAUAUGUGAAGGAUAUACUGAUAGAGGAGUCCAAUGUGCAGCCGGUCAAUAGUCCAGUUACCGUUUGCGGUGACAUCCAUGGCCAAUUCCAUGAUUUAAUGAAACUCUUCCAGACAGGAGGCCAUGUACCUGAGACAAAUUACAUUUUUAUGGGAGAUUUUGUUGAUCGUGGCUACAACAGUCUUGAAGUUUUCACAAUUCUUUUGCUUCUUAAAGCAAGAUACCCUGCCAACAUUACUCUUCUACGUGGAAAUCAUGAAAGCAGGCAACUAACUCAGGUCUAUGGUUUUUAUGAUGAAUGCCAAAGAAAGUAUGGAAAUGCUAAUGCCUGGCGGUAUUGCACAGACGUUUUUGACUAUCUAACUCUGUCAGCAAUCAUAGAUGGAACUGUACUCUGUGUGCAUGGUGGCCUUUCUCCCGACAUUCGAAGUAUUGACCAGAUAAGAAUUAUUGAACGAAACUGUGAAAUUCCCCAUGAAGGGCCUUUCUGCGACCUCAUGUGGAGUGACCCUGAAGAUAUUGAAACAUGGGCAGUCAGUCCUCGGGGAGCAGGCUGGCUUUUUGGAUCCAGGGUUACGUCAGAGUUCAAUCACAUCAACAAACUUGAUUUGGUUUGCCGGGCCCACCAACUCGUGCAGGAAGGUCUAAAGUAUAUGUUUCAAGACAAAGGCCUUGUAACUGUAUGGUCAGCACCAAAUUAUUGCUAUCGCUGCGGUAAUGUAGCUUCAAUAUUGAGCUUCAAUGAGAAUAUGGUAAUACCACCAAACUUUUCACUGGUCAACUGUUUUACGACAUUUCUGUUCAUGCUUAAAUAUUUAUAUGGGCAUCUAUGUAACACACCCCAGCUUAAGAAGCUGAGGAUGCGAUGUUUGGGGAAAGUUGUCCUCCCUAUUUAUUUUGGUUCUUAAAAUGCCAUUGUUCUCUGAACCACUGACCCUCCAAAAGAGCUCAUGCGCACAAGUUAAAGACAAAAAUCAAUAGAUAAAGGAACAAAUCAGACCCUAUCUAAUCUAAAACAUGAAAAGGAACAAAUCACCCUUCUGUCAAGCUACUUGGCAUUUUGACCUGUAUAACAGCUGCUGGUUGAAGUUUUUACACUUGGCAGAAGGCAAUAGUUUUGAGCAAAAGUCGUAAUAAAGUUCCAUGAUUAGCAGAAUUCAUUUAGGUUUUUGUUGAUUCUAUUUGACUGCCGAAUUUACAGAUCUCAAUGCUAUAACAGCUUCAAUAAAGCUGAUUAAUUUAAUGUCUGCUGUGCUGUCUUUUACGAUUUGGAAUAGGAGAGAGAGGUGAAGUUUUUCACUGAAACGGAAGAAAACAACCAGAUGAGGGGUCCCAGAACAGGAGUGCCUUAUUUCUUAUGAGUGAGGAUUCGUUUGCUUCAUUGCCUGUACUAUUUGUUUGAAGUUUGAUGCAUUGCCGAUUCCAUUGAGGGAAAGAAAGUAGAGGGGCAUUUUGUUGCACCGAGAGCAACCCUCAAAUGUGUGGGUAUAUGGUUAUUCUGAUGCCAUGGAAACACGUUCAAAAGCUGUCCCCGCGCUGCUGCUUUUAAAUAGCUUGUCCUGUGUAUUAAAAAACAUUCUUGGUUAUGAUACUUUUAGCUGUGUGUUAGGUUGUAGUUUUAUUUGAAGUCAGAUUAAAAGCUUUAAAGCUGCUAGCUGCAGUGGUAGAGAUGAUUUGUGAAUUUCAAAUAUGAUCUAAAAUCCUGAGUGACUUGUUUUUUCUAGUA